AUGAGUUUUGGCUUUGGUGUCGGAGACUUCCUCGCCACUCUGCAACUCGCCGACAACUUGAAGAAGUGGUUCGCACAAGCGCCCAGUGGUUUUAAGGCCAUUUCUGCAGAUGUGAAAAGCCUGUGGGCUGUCCUCCAUGACCUCGACGACAUUCCCAAAGACGGCCUCAGCGUGACCCAAAAAGCGGAACUGGAUGUGAUCGUUCAGCGAGGCCGCGAAGUUCUAUUGGGGAUCGAAGGCAAGCUUAGCAAAUACAAUGUCCUCGCAGACUUGACAGCCGACAUCGGGGCAGAAGUCCACGCUAUGAAAGACACACACGAUGCGCAGUUACACAGCGAAAUGCUUGCCUGGAUUUCUCCCAUCGAUACCUCGGAACGGCAGCGGAAGUCCUUUGACAUACACGGCGAAGGAACGAGCGAUCACGCCUUGCUCUGCACUGGAGCUCCCGGGGCAGGCAAGACAAUCCUAACUUCGAUCGCAAUUGACCGCCUCCAGAAGAAACAUUCCCACAAAGACGGCAUCGUCAUCGUCUACCAUUACUUUCAUUAUCAAGAGCAGCUUGGAUAUUCUGAUAUCCUUUCCAGCUUUCUGAGACAACUGAUCGAAGCGAGCAGAGGCGAUGUGGAAAGCUUUCUCGAUGGAAACGUAACAUAUUUGCCAGAGUUCCUUCAGGGGAAGUCCGAGCUCUGGAAUUAUAUUCGACACCAGAUCAUUGAAUCCGCCGGAGGCAUAUUCCUACUGGUCCGCCUCUACUAUACCCUGCUUCUCGACGAAAAGAACGAAAAGGGCGACGCUAUAGCAGUUGUAACUGGUAUUGACGAUAUAGCUUCCGUCUGCUGUGGGCUAGUCGUGGCGGACAAACACGCCAACACCACUCGGAUGGUACAUCUCACGGCCCAGGAGUAUCUUAAUCGGACCUGGCAGACUUGGUUUCCGAACAUGCAUGAAUAUUUGACCAAUACAUGUCUGACGUACCAGUGCCGCGACCAGAGUAACCCUUUCUAUUCGUACGCAGCUCACGAGCUAGGGACCCAUCUGCGUCAUAGCUUGGGCAAAAAUUUGCUUCUCAUGACAUUCCUCGAGAAUGAUUUUAAGGUUUCUCGGUGCAUGUGUGAGAUGUUUGGUCUAGAAGCGGGGCUCAAAUUCCCUGGAAUCCAUCUCGCAGCGCUGCUCGGUCUUGAAGAUCAUGUUCCCAAGUUGAUUUUUCGCCCUGGGACCAAGUGGGCGGACGCUCGAGACCACCUUGGCCGUACACCUUUAAUAUGGGCUGCUGCGCAAGGCAACAGCAGCGUGGUCAGUACCUUGCUUCGUUUCCAAGCCGAUAUCAAUGCCGAGACACUCGAGGGUUUCACACCACUGUUCUAUGCAGCAGCAUAUGGUCAUGCCGAAAUGGUCACCAUGCUGAUCAGCUGGGGCGUAGGCGGGGCCGGGGUUCAACUCGGUCCCGAGUCGCUCUUUACUAUGGGGGACCAUGCCCUGGUCGCACAAUUAUUACUCGAUGCAGGGUCCGACGUGAACCACCAGAACAUACGCCAGGAGACCCCUUUCAAAAAGCCGGAUCAAGAUCCCUUGACCGUUGCAGCACGGAAGGGCCAUGUCGCAAUCACUCGACUCCUAUUGAAAAACGGCGCAGGAGAUGCAUCUCUUGUGCGACGCAUUCUGCAGGCGGGCUGCGACCCCAAUCCCCGAGACAUAUUCGACCGAACGCCCCUAUUUGCCGCUGUUUGCUUGGACCGGGCUCAGGUGGUGAAAGUGCUUCUCGACCACCACGACAUUGAAAUCCAGAUUGAGGACAGAUUGGGAUACACUCCACUCCAAGAGUCAUACCGAAGACAGAACUAUGGGAGCUACUCCGCACCAUCAGAAAUGCAGUACAGCGCGUACUCUCACUACGACAGGAAAAAAGAUCCAGAUCAAGCGCAAAUCUUUGGGCAAGCUGCUUUGAUAUGA